CAACAACAGGCGCACCCAAUUGGCUGACACCGCAACUCGAGCUUUCCGGGUCUUUCCAUACCUCGAGCGUUUUUCUCCAGAGGUGGGCCAGAGAGGGAGCCAGAAAGGAUCCUGUAUUUGAGAACAGAAAUGAAUAAAAGCAGCAGGCAGAGUAGGAGAAGAUAUGGGAGAAGAAGCCGCCAGCAGAACUCUUGGUGCAGACAGCGCCAUUCCAGUGAGAGGUGUAUGACAGGGCCACGGCAGAGAUCGCAGGAUUCUGGACACGACAAUGAGGAGUCCCCAUCGACCUCAUCCAACACCAAUGGGGAUUCUUCUGCGCCAGAUCUACCAGGGUAUUACUUCGACCCUGAAAAGAACCGCUACUUCCGCCUGCUCCCAGGACAUAACAACUGCAACCCCCUCACAAAGGAGAGCAUCCAGCAAAAGGAAAUGGAGCGCAAAAGACUGCGGCUGCUAGAGGAAGAGGAAAAAAAGAAAAAGAAAGUAGCUAGAGUGGGAUUUAAUGCAUCUUCCUUCCUACGAAAAAGCCAGCUGGGUUUUCUCAACGUCAACAGUUACUGCCGCUUAGCCCAUGAGCUGCGAGUGAGCUGCAUGGAGAGGAAAAGAGUUCACAUUCAGCGCUCAAAUCCCUCCACUUUGACGAGCGACCAGUUCAGCCUCAUCCUGGCGGAUACCAACAGUGACCGACUCUUCACAGUGAACAAUGACACUGAAGGCGCAAAGUAUGGCAUCAUCAGCCUGAGUGGACUGAAGACUCCUGCACUCAAGGUGCAAAUGCUUGAGAACUUUUACUUCACCAGCCGUAAGCUGGCAGUCAAGCCAAUCGUGCCAUCUUGCUGUGUGGUUCCUCACCAGGUGAAUUCUGUGUGCUGGGCCUCGCUGAACCACUUGGAUUCCCACGUUCUGCUGUGCCUCUUGGGAUUUGCACAGACUCCAGGCUGUGCCACUUUGAUCCCAGCGUCGCUGUUCACCAGUAGUCACCCAGAGAGAACCUUAACCUGGCACAUGGCUGAAUUCACUUUGCAGUUUCUCGUGGAGUGUGUAGACCGGCGUGGCAUGCUUUGCAGUUUCCGGAUCCCUGGCGCCUGGUCCUGUGCAUGGUGCCUGAACAUCCAGGCAAACACCUGCUUCAGUACCGGCUUGUCUCGGCGAGUCCUGUUGACCAAUGUGGUGACAGGACACCGGCAGUCAUACAGGACCAACAGUGACGUCUUGGCCCAGCAGUUUGCUGUCAUGACUCCUUUGCUGUUUAAUGGCUGUCGCUCUGGGGAGAUCUUUGCCAUUGAUCUUCGUUCUCGAAGUCAAGGCAAGAGCCGUAAGGCCACCCGCCUAUUCCAUGACUCAGCAGUGACCUCUUUGAGGAUUCUCCAGGAAGAACAAUCAGUGAUGGCAUCAGACAUGGCUGGAAAGAUCAAGCUGUGGGACCUCAGGGCCAUGAAGUGUAUAAGGCAAUACGAAGGUCACGUGAAUGAGUACGCCUGCUUGCCUUUGCAUGUGCACGAGGAAGAAGGAAUCCUGGUGGCAGUGGGCCAAGACUGCUACACAAGAAUCUGGAGCCUCCAGGAUGCCCACCUGCUCAGAACCAUACCCUCCCCAUACCCCGCCUCCAAGGCUAACAUUCCCAGCGUGGCCUUCUCUUCUCAGCUCGGAGGCUUCCAAGGAACCCCAGGGCUGCUCAUGGCUGUCAAGCAGGACCUUUACUAUUUCUCCUACAGCUAAUUCUGCAGGGGGACAGCCCAGAGGAGUGUGGCUUUGCCUGAGGAGAAUUAGAGUGGCUUAUUUCUGGUUCUAAUGAGGGAAUUUUAAGCGAUGCCCAGUGCAUGCAGAUCUCAUCCCUCUGGCUGCUAUGAGCAAGGUGCUAAGGAUUUUACAUGGAGACACUUCAGUAAAGUUGUUACAGUUAAAUUGUGGGCUCAGAGAGCUUGAAAGUCCUUUUCAUAAAAGGUAUUUAUUUCUUUCUCUUGUUAAAUUCUCCAGAAUAGUUCCCUAACCCCUACCCCCUUUUUUUUAAAACAAAAAAAGACUUUUUUGUAAAGACUGGAGAUAGGCAAAAACUAAAAUAAAUCUGCUGCUUUCACAAGAAGCCCUGUGGAGCUCAGUGAGACAAGUGACUGUUGGAGUAGUCAGUGCCUGGAAUCCAGGAAGAAUUGCAUCUGUCUUUGACAAAGCCAGCCGGGUGGAGAGGAAAGGCAAGUCAUGUCUCUGAGUCUAUGGUGUAAAGAUUUAAGGCUGGAGUCUGGAAUCAUUAAUGUGGCUGUCUCAAACUCUGCUUCAGCAUGUCCAAUCAAAAGGAUUCUCUUUUUGUUACUGCUGAUAGGCAUUGAAAGGAAAGAUGGAUUUUUUUUUUUUUUUAAUUCUAGAAGUUUUUGGUUUUUUGGUACCAGGGAUCGAACUCAUGACCUUGCGCUUGCAAGGCAGAUGCAGUGGCACUGAGCUAAAUCCCCGGCCCUGCUAGAAGUUUUAAAGUCUUUAACAUGCCUUUGUUAAGGCAGCUUCCAGAACGUAAAGGAUAGCAGCUCUUGUUGCUGAUAUGGUGACUUGAAUGUCAAAUUCAAGGGUGCAGAAUCAAAGAAAAUUCACUCUCUUUUUUGUAAUCUCAGCUGCAGUUUCUGAGAUGUUUAUACCAAAUGUUUUUAAAAGCCUGUCUCUCUACCAAUAAAGUAGAAAAACAUGUUACAGCAUGUUACCUCUGCUAAGGUCCUGGUGCUUGUAGCACCAAACCAACUGCAGUAGUUUAUACUUAGAUCUCAGAUGAAGCCAAAAUAGCUGAGACCAGCUUUAAUAGCUGUGCUGGAGACCAACCCACCCUGCCCUUUUCCUUCUCUGCCCUGCCCUGCAUGUGCCCCAGGAGACUGGCUUCUGGAUGGCUGCAAGGCCUCUGGCCCUGGGCACUAAGGCAGAAGCACCCAGUGGGAAGUACUAGCAGGAAAGCAGAGGGCAAGAGGGCCACAAAAUAGGAUUAUUAGUUCCCUGGCUCCCUUUCUGUUGACCUGUGGUGGCUGUGACCGUUCAUCACAGCUUUUAUUGGAAGACAGCUCUUUCUGGGUUCCAGUUAACUGUUCUCUUUGUCCCCAACACCUUACUGUUACUAAUCCCAGGUUAAUUCACCAGUUAAACUCUUCAGUUACCCUCUUGAAUGUUCUAUUUCCUGCCAGACCCUAAUAAAACUUAUACAGAGAACCAAAUCUUAAACACUACGUGAGAAUUUUGGUUAUUUAAUAGUUGAACUACAGCUACAGCUAUUUUUAGUGUUUCAUCCUAUCUUAUUUGAUCCUUAUAACAACCAUAAAGGAGGCAGGACAGCAGUACUAAUUCAAAAUGAUUAGCUGAUUGCACAUACCUGUUGUCCUGGCUAUUCUGGAGGUUGAAGCAGGAGGGUCACUUGAGUCCAGGAGUUAGAGGCCAGUCUAGCUAACAUGGAGAAACCCAGUCUCAACAUAAAACAUUUUUAAAACUUAUAAGCAUCAUUUUAAAGAUAAACCAGGGUCCAGGCUAGGGGCACAGCCCUAGCUUCACUCAAAGUUGUUACAGUACCACAAGCAUGUUCUCUUUAGAGGCCAUAAUCUGAGCAAAGGCAUGUAGUCACAGAUGAUACUCAUAGCCCCAGUGGCCAGAAGUGAGGUGACCUGUUGACUGGGAAGAGCACUCACACUCCUUUAGUUGAAAUACCUUCAGGACUUUGAAGGGAUAGUCUGGGAGCGGGACCAGAGGCUCAGCAAGAUCCAUGCUAGAGCUCAGAUUUAAAGUCAAGAAAAGUUAUAGGGGCCGGGGAUUUAGCUCAGUGGUUUUGCCACCUGCUGUGCAAGCGCAAGGACCCGAGUUUGAUCCCCGGAACCAAAAAAAAAAGAGGAGUUAUAGACUGUUAUUAUGGAUUCAGUUUUCUCUUCCUGAUCGAUGGUAGUUCUGAAACUGAAAAUGCAAAUAUGGUUGCAAAAUUGUAUCAGAAUUUUAACAGUUGGAGGCUUGGCUCUUGUGUUGUAGGGUAGAAGCCAGUUGUUGCUUUCAGUGAAGAAAUUACUGUUCCUCCCUGAGGACAAUGGAAAAGAUUAGAUAUAAAGCUGUGCUCUCCCAACAACAGAAGGAACCUUGGCUUUUUACCUUUGCUCUUAAGGAAUAUAUACUGCACUUGAUCUUAGCCAAAAGGCUGAGAAGCGAUUUAAGGAAAAUAUACUGACUUUAUCUAGAGGGAAAUGCAAAAGAAUGCAUAUUGUGUGAGCAGAUGUUCCGGGAGACCUUGCCAGAGGCUGCACAGGCUGCCUGGCCCCAGUUGCCAGCUGUGCAUCUCACUGCUACGCACCAUUGACCUUCUGAACCUCUGAACCACUGUCUGGCUGUAAAACCUGGCCACCACUGAUGGCCUUCCAACCAUCAACCAUAUAAAGCUAGUACACUGCCUGGCAAUGAAAUAGGCAACUAAAUAUUGGUUCUUCACUUUUCCAAUUCCCAACUAACUUGCUGAGUUAAACCCAAGGGAUGACUAAGGAUCCCAGUGGGUCCCAUUGCUUAGGAAACCAUUUUAGUUCUCAGCCACAAGCUGAAACCUCAUUAUGUUCGAUCACUAUCUUCACCUAUAACCAAGUUCUUUACACAGAGUUAUUUAAAGCCUUAUGUGGUCCUGUAAGAUCCCUCGCACACCCAAGGAGUGGAGGAACUGGUUGGUGUUAGAGAGCUCAUUGUAGUUACUAGGCAAGGAGGGGGUCCCUGGAGUGUAACCAUAUUCUUAAUGGCUGCCAGUGGUGUUGAAUUGGAGAAAAUCAACAAAGCUCAAACAUUUCAGCCUACAUUUAUGUGGUUUUUACCUCAUAUUUAGCUGAGGCUGGGAUUGGAUCCUGUAAGACCAAAAAAAGGACAUAUUUGACAUUGGUACCCUUCCUCUCCUCCACUGGUCUGACCAGUGUAGAAAAGGGAGUUUAGAAGAUUGCUGUCAGGCAUGGUGACACAUGCCUGUAAUCCCAGUACUCAGGAGGUUGAGGCAGGAUCACCAUGAGUUUGAGGCCAUCCUGAGCUACAAAGUGAAACCCUGUCUCAAAAAGCCAAAAAAAGAGAGAUUGUUUUAUUUUAGUCCUAUGAAAAGAGCCUUAAUGGGCCGGGGAUUUAGCUCAGUGGUUCCGGCGCCUGCCUCACAAGUGCAAGGUCCCGAGUUCGAUCCCCGGUACCAAAAAAAAGAAAGAAAAGAGCCUUAGGCCAGUGAUGGAUUAGAAAUGUCACUAUCACCAGGGAUCUAGCUCAGCGGUUCUGCCGCCUGCCUCGCAAGCGCAAGGACCCAAGUUCAAUCCCCAGUACCAAAAAAAAGAGAAAGAAAUGUCACUAUCAUCCUAAGCAAACCAUGGGUGCUGGGGCAUGACCACAGAACAACCAGCCAGGUCCAACAUAGCCACUUUUCUGACUUAGAUCUAAAAUGUCCCCCCAGGUCUUGUGUACAGAAGUGAAGCCUGGUCAGAAGAGGCAGGUCACUAGGGCUACGACCUAGAAGGGUAUAUUCUUGUCCCCAGCCCCUCCCUUCUCUGCUUCCUGGCUGCCAUAGGAUGAGCAGCAGUCCUCUACCAUGCCAUUUCUGCCUUGGAACCAACUUACCAUGGACCAAAUCCUCUGAAAACGGUGAGCCAAAAUAAACCUUUCCUCCUUUAA